CAAAGUAUACCACAUCUGCUUUGAAAGAAAAAACCACACUGCCACGUUGGUAAAUAAAGCACAUGCAACUUUAUUUACUCAACGUAUGCUUUCAAAUCUUUUCAUUUAUCACUGUACAAAAGAUAUUUUAUAAUUCAUUUUAUCCUUUCAAAUUAAAUAAUUUUUGUAUCACUUGUUACUACUUCUAUACCAUAUCGAAUCAAAUUAUUUCUCUUACAAUUAUUUUACCUUCAAUAAACCAUCAAACUAGAGAUCAAAAAAUGACCAUAGCUAAUCGCUUAAAAGAAAAUGAAUCUUUCGUUCCCACCACCAAAAUUCCAGUGCAUACCAACUUUCCUCCAAAUCCUGUGCGUGAAAUCAUUUUCAGCAAGGAAAAGUUCGAACUCGGCUGCUUGAAAUCUUUCUACCCGAAGAAAAAACAACCUAAAUCGUCUCAGGGUAUUUUGAAAACUUACUGCGCCGAACUAUACAGUCAAACUAUUGAUGAAAACACCAAAUCAUUCCCUAUAGCUAUAGAUGAAUGUAACAACUUGCUUGGAGCAGUUAACCUUGCGGCACAUAAAAUGUUCCCACUUGUACUAACACCAGAAGUUAUCUGGUUCACCAUUCUUCAAGGAGUUACGACCCACUUAAAUUUUCACCCUGAAAUCUCGACCGAUAUCUCUGAAGCUCCUGUAGAGCAGGAUCAUUUCGUCAAAGAAGGGAACGAAAAGCUCGAAUGGACUGCUAUAGUAGAUAGUAUCGGCGAUAUUUUCAAACAAAAGUACCAAAAAGAUUCACUUCCCGUGCGCAAAAUCAGCUUAACAAGAAUAGAGCCCGAGGCAUCGUUCAACCCUUUGCUUGCCACAAAUGGAUCCACGACAGCAAGUGCCAUGUCCAUGCGAACAUGUCAAGGCCUCACAGCAGCAAAUGCGACUCAAAGUCCAAACGAGUUCAAGAGGUACAAUGUCAUUGUGCAGAGCUGUAUUCCCUCGAUUCAUGUUCGAGGCACUGCUCAAGACUACGAAGCUAUAAUUGGGAAAGUAAAUGAGAUGAGCUCCAAGUUUGCUUUGGAUUGGUGGGCUUCCGAAUUGAUUCCAGUGCUGAACGAAUUCAUCAAAGCUGUUCACGGCAAUCCGGAUCCUCAUUUCUGGAAGUACAUCUACAAUCUCAACGACAAAAACGGGAUCUACAUGCCAUACUCCGGAUGGAUCCAGGCAUUCUUCCCUUAUGUUGACGACGGCUCUGGCAACAUAAUCCCCAACGACUUCAUCGGUCAAUGGCGGGCAGGCUACAAUGAAGUAAUGCCUCCUAAAAUAGUCAAAUACCCCAAGAAAAAAUUUCCAACUAGUAUGUGUAAGACUAACGUCCAUAUACACCUACCAGAGCCUCAAGCAAAUGAUUCUCAAAAACCGACAAACGAAGAACCAACUGAUGUCGCACCAGGAGCAAGCGAGCCAAAAAUUAGGGAGUUGACUCUCAAAAGCGGCCUUAUUGCCAUUAUACAGAAUAAGGACACCCUAGCAGUUCAACCUGUUUUUGGUUAUAUUUUGGCAGAAACCAAAAAACCAGUCGGAGAAUCAACUAUUGAAGAAGCUACUGAAACAGUUUUCACCCCUGCACUGAAGUACAAAAAGUAAACGGAACUCAUCUGUGAAUUAAAAACGAAAACGAUAACUAAUAAAAUGUAGUUCGCAGUUGCACUUUAUGUAAGCAAAUCAUUCAAACAUCAAUAGCCAACAUGUAGUUGGAAAAAUUGUAAACAAAUCAUAGUCAACAAAAACAUAUUCAACUAA